AUGGCGCUCACAAUGCUGCCUGCCGCUGCGGAUGCCACCGCUGCGGAUGCCACUGCUGCGGAUGCUCAGGCGCACACGCAUCAGACCCAGCACGCCAUUGCCAGCGCGGCUACGCUAAGGGAGCUGUUGGCCAGCGACCCACCCCCCAUGCUGCCCGCUCAGGUGGCUGUGGGAAGCGGCGCGACGGGAUCUCGUGGCGCUGCACCUCCCGGUCGCAUAGAGAUCAUCGACUAUGCCUAUCGACGUAGGGAAGCUGCUGCUGCAGACAGUCGAGAGGUGUCGAGUCCGAUGCUCCGAGUCAGCAGCACAUCCUCCUCCUCAUCUGAGGGAGAGGGAGAAGCUGAAGCAGAAGGAGAGAGUGCGGGAGGGGGAGAGGGCGUCGGGGAAGGCACAGACGCAGGCACGGCAGGCAUCACCGCUUCCAUCUCUUCCUUGCAGUCACGUGAAUCCAGACCCGACACUCUGACUGAAAGCGCAUCAUACACAGACGACCACGAUGCCGCACAUACGGACGCCGCCAACGACAGCUACUUGGCGCUGGGACAGAGUUACGUCAGCAAUGCUAGUUCAUUCUUACACGACGCUGUCCAGAUGCUCGCGCCAAACGACUAUCUUCGCGCGGCCAACGCCUUUGAGCCGCUGGACGAGGAGGCAGAGGCAGAGGUGGCCAGUCUGAUGAGUAUGAGUCAGAGUGGCAGUCGCACUCGCACUCGCACUCGCACUCGCACAUGCAGUCAAGCACAUAGCGGCAUCCUCCCAGGCAACCGUCACUUUCACUCGGACGAUGACCGCGUGGGAGCAGCAGCCGCAGCAGCCGCAGCAGCAGCAUCUGGCCUCUCGCUGCGUCAAGCACUGGAGGCAGAUGAUCACGCCUCGCUGUCCGAGCAUUCAUCCCUCAUUUCUCGUCAUCCCAUGACUUACAGUCAGAGUGCGAGUCACGGUCACGAUGCGCUGAAUCGCUACUACGCGGCGCCAUCUCUGCGCGGCGAUGCUUCUCUCUUCAGCUUGGCCCGCACCCACGCAUCGGUCAUGGGAGAGCCCUUGGCAGCGGGCGAGACUUCCAUCACGCUGCGCGAAGCCAUGCUGUCCGUAUCGCCCACGCCCUCCAGCAAUCUCGGUCUCAUCCUCAUCGCCCUCAGCCAAAUCUGCUACAGCUGCAUGAACCUUUUCGUCACCCUGCUCGACGCUCGCGAAGGCGCAGAAGCUCCGGGUAGGGGCUACAGUGACGGUCUCACCCCUCCCCUGGGAGCGCUCGAGGUCGUCUUUGUCGAAACGCUCAUCAUCUGGGUCGCGUGCCUGGCAGUCAUGAAGAUUGCACGCACAGAGCACAUGUGAGUGGCAGCGCAGAUGAGUCACCACAAGUCUCGCAUGCGACGCUGACCGCGUAACUCCUCUCGCCCAAUCGAUGCCUCGCCGCCUGCGUAGCCUGCUGGGCCCGCCCGGCGCAGUGCGCUACGCCUUGGCGGUCAGAGGCAUCGCUGGCUGGCUGUCCACGCUGUUCCUCUACAUCAGUCUGCAGAUGCUCGCACUGUCCGACGCUACAACCAUCUGCUUCUUAUCUCCAUUGGCUACCGGCAUUCUGGCAACAAUCUUCCUCGCGGAACCCUUUACCGUGCGCGAGCGCAUUGCUGGUGCUUCUUCUUUGCUGGGCGUCGCUAUGAUCGCGAGACCUGCUUUCAUCUUUGGACCCCGCAGCGCUGGACAACCUGGCGCACCGCCCGCCGCACCUGGCGACACACCCCCUCAACCAGACGAUCCAUUUCCGCACUCUCCACAAGCUGAUGAUGGCAGCAAACAGCUCAUCGGCGUGCUUGCUGCACUCGCAAGCGUUGCCACAGUGGCAGUGGCAUGGGUCGCUCAGCGACUCAUCGGAAGGCGUGCGAGCACGUAUCAUUCCAUCAGUGCGUACUUUACAACCUCAUUCGAUACAGCGGCUGCCCAUCUUGUUGACUCACAAGGCCUCUGCUGCCCUCCCUCUGCGCAGCCUAUUUCUCUGGUGCUUCAUGGGCGCUAUCUCUCGCCUGUAUGCUCAUUCUCCGGCAACCCUUUGUAGUCCCGAGCACCCCAUUGUGAGUGGCACGGCACGGGUCAGAUUUCUCAUGCAAGCGCAGCCUCUGAAAUCAAUACCACCACUCCUGUAUGAACAGGUCCGCCUUUUUUCUCGUCGGCGUCGGAAUUUUCAGCUUGUGUGCACAAGUCUUUCAAACGGUGAGACACGAGACGCUUGUCACGCACAUGCUGCCAAGCUGACCUUCUCGUCUCACAAUAUGAAGCUUGGUUUGCAACGAGAGAAAGCGGGCAGGGCGGCGGUCAUGAGUUAUCUUGUGAGUCGACUUGCGUUAGGGAGCCUGCGUACAGCAUCGCCUGACCUUUGACCUGCUUCCACUUUUGCAGCAAAUUUUCUUCGCGACGACUUUCCAGGUCUUGCUGCUCGGCACUCCGCUCGAGCCUCUUUCGGUCGCGGGCGCGUGUCUGAUUCUGGCUAAUGGUGCUUGGGUAGCAGCCGCGGGCGGCAAGGAAGAUGGAGGCGUUGCAAUGCAUUGA